AUGUUCCGGCUACUGAGCUCCUGCUGGGCUUGGCUAAAGACACCUGGAGAGACACGAAGGAAUGUAACUGUCAUUAUCAUCGGCUUGGACAACUCAGGCAAGACUGUCCUUGUGCAAGCCUUCCAACGAUUACUUCCAAGCAGGAUUGGCAGCUGUAUGAAGUCAGAAUUGACUACACUCCUAUUAGAUGAGUAUGAAGUUUCCAUCUACGACCUAAGUGGAGACAUGAAGGGCCGAGAAGCAUGGCCAAACUACUAUGCACGCGCACAGGGGCUGGUUUUUGUCCUGGAUUCCAGCGACUUAGGACGCAUGCAGGAAGCGAAGACCAUCUUAACACGUCUGCUCUCUGAUAAGAGAGUGGCAGGGAAACCCAUUUUACUCCUGGCAAACAAACAAGACAAGAAGGAUGCCCUUUUGCCUUGUGAUAUCAUAAAGAAUCUGCUCCUGGAAAGGCUAGUGAAUGAGACCAAGUCCCUGUGCCGGGUGGAGCCAUGUUCAGUCAUCAAAAAUCUCCAAAGGAAGAGCCAUCAGCCCAUAAUUGAAGGGCUACGCUGGCUGUUAGCUGCCACAGGGGACAGAAACGAAGAACGAUGUAUUCCCCAUCAGCCGCAUACAUCAAGCAUCCUAAUCUCCAAGAGUACUAGACGCUCUGGGGAUAGAUGCUCAUCAGAAAGCUUCUCUACCAGAGUGGGGUUAUCCAAAGAAAAACGACAGCACUUACCAUACUCGGCAGAAGCUAGGCCCCUCAAGCCAAUCCUCCAGAAAGAAGGCUUCCGAUUGAGACCGAAGAAGAAUAUCUCAGUAACAUUUGCUCUGGAUGAACCCAUGGAGAAAGGUGAAUACUCUGGGAGAAAAAGAACUCUGAACGCUACCAAACACCAUUCCAGUCCAAGUGAUGAUUUAAAGACUCCAUCACCAAGCCUUUCUGAUGACUUAUUUGAAGCUCUGUUGGGAAAGACAGGUGACAGUUUUACUGCUGUGGGCAUGCAGAUAACAGCGGCUCAGGGUCAGGGCUGUGAGAGUCAGGGGGCUUAUCCUUCUGCCUCUGAGCCCGGGAAGUACCCGGCUCAGAGCCAAGGCAGUAACGGGAGGUUCUGCCACUGGGCGGUGGUGGGCCAAACCAUGUUAACAAAGCGCUCAGACUGA